GAGCUGACCAAUGAUAGAGUGACAGGAGUGUGCGUGUUAGCAUCCUUAGCAGAAUGUUUGUAAAAGUUUGUGUGAGUGUGUUUAUUUUCUUUAUUUUGCAGUAUGAAGUGGCUGAAGCGCAGAAGAAGAAAGAGACCUUGCUGUCAGAGAAAGUCUCUCAGAUGAUGGAGUGGACAUCGAAGCGUUCAGUCAUCAGGAUGAAUGGUGACAAGUUCAGACGCUUUGUUAAGGCUCCGCCUAGAAACUACUCUGUCGUCAUCAUGUUCACGGCACUGCAGCCGCACCGACAGUGUGGAGUCUGCAGACAAGCAGAUGAGGAGUUCCAGGUACUGGCUAAUUCCUGGAGAUAUUCAUCUGCUUUCACCAACAAAGUCUUCUUUGCUUCUGUCGACUUUGACGAAGGAUCAGAUGUCUUCCAGAUGCUGAACAUGAACUCUGCUCCAACCUUCCUUCACUUCCCAUCUAAAGGGAAACCUCGGCGCUCAGACACGUACGAGCUGCAGGUCCGAGGCUUUGCUGCUGAGCAGCUCGCUCGCUGGGUGGCUGACAGGACGGAUGUGCAGAUCAGAGUGAUUCGUCCUCCUAACUAUGCCGGUCCUCUGCUGCUCGGCUUCCUGCUGGCUGUGAUUGGAGGACUGGCUUACCUGCGCAGACACAAUCUGGAGUUCCUGUUCAACCGGAACGUCUGGGCCUUCUCUGCUCUGUGUUUCGUGCUGAUCAUGACUUCAGGUCAGAUGUGGAAUCAUAUCAGAGGUCCGCCAUAUGCUCACAAGAACCCGAGCACUGGACAAGUGAGUUACAUCCAUGGCAGCAGCCAGGCUCAGUUUGUGGCGGAGACUCACAUCGUCCUCCUCUUCAAUGCUGCUGUUACCGGGGGAAUGGUGCUGCUGUGUGAGGCUGCGACCUCUGACCUCGACAUCGGAAAGAGAAAGAUCAUGUGUGUGGCAGGUGUGGGUCUGGUGAUGCUCUUCUUCAGCUGGUUGUUGUCGAUCUUCAGAGCAAAGUAUCAUGGGUAUCCAUACAGCUUCCUGUUGUCUUAAAGAGACUGUGUCCUCAGAGCUUCAACCUCAGGACAGGAAGUCCCUGUCACCAGGCAGGGUUUCCAUGACAUGUCUGACCUGUGCGUGCGAGUGUGUGUGAGCUCUCUGUGCCUUCAUAAAGACGUUCAUUGACUUGACUGUUUGUGCCAAAAUCUGAUUUAUUGAUCAGACUCUUUGAUUGAUUAAUUGAGUGCCACUCUGUUCACAGACGUAUGAAACGGUGUGCCUGUGUGUUCCAGCCUUUAGGCCGUAGAUAAACUUGCUGUUCCACCUUACUUUGCACCCGGCUGCAUCAUGAGUGUCCUUUAAAAAUACCCGCCUACACGCAACUCAUAUCAUUUGAAAAUGCCUUCAUGGGGCACACAAGAGAGUUCAGGCCAUAUACAACAGGGGUGUCCAAACUUUUUCCACCGAGGGCCACAUACAGAAAUAUAUAAGAAUGGUGGGGCCACUUUCAUACAGCACACCGUGAGGAUAUUAAAGUUAGUCAAAGCAAUCACAUGUAGGUUAAGAUAUUCUUAGUGAUUGAAUGUGCUCAUAUGGCUAGUUAUUGGUUGACAAGGCAAAUAGCCAAUCAAUUUAAGGAUUUUGGGGAGGCCAGUCAGAUUUCAGGGGGCCCUGGCUACCACUGGCUAUGCACCUGGAAUGCUACUGGUGCUGCUAUUUGCUACAAUAAUAAUUAGGAAGUUAUAGAUUAAGAAAUCACAGUAAUUUUGGUUGCCAAUAUGUUUGCAAUUUACAGUGUUGUCUUAAUUUAGUAGCAAAUUUUUUUUUUUUUUUUGAAUUUUCAAUUCUUGUCAAAAUGUUUAUUUACAAAAUUAGCAUGGCCUUGUGCGGAAACUAAGAAAUGCAAUAGAGUCAGGAAAAAAAAGCUUCAUGUUCUAAUGUGGUCCAUAUUUCAUUUUAUUUUUAAAAUCUGCUGUGGGCCAAUCAAAAGUGGACUUUGGGCUGUAUUCGGCCCCCUGGGCCAUAGUUUGGACACCCCUGGUAUACAACUACCUGAUGUAAGGGAUGUAAAUUACGAACAUGGAGAUACUCAAGGAGGUUACUUUAAUGUUAAUUAUGAGGUAAGAGCUCAUGUAACAUUAGCACUAAUAACCAAUAGUAAUAUAAAAUCAGCUCAGAUUGAUGACUUAGUCAGAACACGCCAUAUGCAACAUUUUCCUCUGCACACUGAUGUAACAUUCCCAGUGUAUUGCUUUAAUUAGUGACCAUGUUUACUGGUGACUUUCAGCCAACUCCUCAUUGAUGUUGUUGCAGCAGCUGCUAAUAACAGAGAUUCCUUAUGAAUGUUUAUUUGUUUGGUUUAUUAUUAUUACUGUAUGUCAAAAUCUCAUCAGUUAUGUUUUUAAUUUUAAAAAAAUAAUGCAAAUGGCUACAGACAGACAUGUUUGUCUGAGCAGUAACAAUAGCACAUUGGUUAGAUGUUGAGAAUAUUGGACUUGGUUUAUCAGUCUGUCUUAAAAACUCUCAGCCCUUGUUGCCGCUGUUGACCUUCACACCUCCUCCACCUUCACAGCACCUCUAUCUCUCAUGAACAUACUGCAUCUUGCAUAAAUGUCACGUAAACUUUUGAGGAUGUGCACAGUCGACGCGUCAGAUGAAUGCAGGGGACGUGUGGCAGCCAUCAUGCAUACAUGUGCGUGUAGUUAACAGAAAGUAUAUCUCCGGCCUAACAGGGUGGUACAGUGUUUGAACAACUGAAAUAAAACAAAAACUUGAUGCCCCUGCUCACAAACAGUAAAGAUUGAUGAACUUUUAAUUUAGAAUAAGAUUUUAAAAAAACAACGCAAUCUCUCAGAGGUUAAAUGUUAUAAAAUGAUAUUACAGAUGAAAAAGGUUUAGAUAUUCUAUGAAGAAAUUAGAUGUUUAUGUUCAAGUAUCAAAUAUGAAUAUUUUGAAUAAGAAUAUUAAACAAUAUUUGAAGAGAUUAGAUGUGUGAACACUGAAAAAGUUUAUAAAGAUUAAAACAUUAGCAGCAGUUCAGUGUAAAACUCUGAUAGCCAAACAGAACUCCAUUUGAAUAUAAAAGAUUUGAUUGUUUUUUAAACUGAAAACAGAAAUCCAAAAAGUAAACAUGACUACUUUUUGCAAAAUUUACCAUCAGUGUCUAAAGACCUGAGGCAUUUUUUUUAACCGGCAGUGCUCACAACCUCAGAGUGCCUUUCACUAGUGUUAUUGUUACAAAGAUUUGCUUCUAUUUUUCCCAUGAGGCCUUCUCCAAAUUGCUCUGUGUGAUUAAUUUGGUAAUGUGAUGUAAAGGAGUCCUAUCCAGGCAUUAGCAUUUGCUAUUGGCCUGGAAACUACCCUAAAAAAAAAAAACAGAUCAGUUUAUCAACCCCCAUUGUUCUUGAGCUGGAAUUAGAAGUCCUAUUUCUUCUUGUCUGAUUGGUCAAUGAAGGUGAAGUGACAUUUGUAUUUAUUUUACUUUAUCAACCUUUUUCACCAACUGUGGCACCGCUCCAAAACUUUUAAUCAGAAAGCGCAGCAGUAAAAAGAAAAAAACAGCUGAUGCUGAUGGCAUUGUUGGUUCAGGUCACUGAGUGCUGAAAACACUGGACUAAGUGUAGAAAAUGAGAGCAAAAGUGACAGCUUUGGACACAGACCCAUAAAGUCCUGCCCCUCAGUGUACCUUUUUUCCCACACAAAAGUUGUCAAUUGGUUUAUGCGGAAAUGAUAAAACAGCAUACGAUCAGAGUCUCAGGGUUUAUUUCCAAAAUUGUUUCAUAUUCUUAAUAGCGGUUUUAAACUUCAUUACAUGUCUAACAUGAUUAAGUAAUAAAUGGUUAAAAAAUAAUUGGCAUAAGAAUCACUGUGAUGGAAGAAUUAAUGUUAAAACAAACCAGAAUAAUGUUUCCCUAAAGACUGUUAAAUAAGGUAACUUUUUCUGUAUCAGAUUAUCUUUUGGAUUUUUCUUCAUGACGUUUUAUAUCUUAAAUCUUUGUUUCUGGUUAAAUUUCAUAAUUUUGAUCAAAAAUGAUUACAAUCAGAAUUAAUAGUGUGCUUUCUUGAUAAUGUAUAAAUGGUGAAGCAGAAACUUGAGUUGUUUGUUCAUAAGAAAAAAUUCAGAAGAAUAUUUCUCUCUAAGUGCUUUAAAUGUUUUUCACUUAUAUGAUUGUUUCUGAUAUUAAAGUGCCUUCAGACUUCAA